GGUUAGAGGAGAGGCAAGGCGAGACAGGUGACUUGCUGACCGAAAUCCUGAUGGACAAAAAGGGCAACUGUUAAUGUACUCCCAUCAUGCCAUGAUACCUGUGUCUUGGCUUGAGUCAGACCAUCACCAAAGGUACCCUGAUAGUGCAUGGUACUUCUGCAGUGACGUUGAAUCGAAGAUGGCGUUUCUUUUCACUUCUCUUAUCAGUCGGUCGAGUCGGUUUCUGCUUGCCGGGUCCGGGUGCGGUUAUAACUUAUGGAACUUCUGGUCACUUUACUUUCCCAUUGUGACGAUGAAUCCGGUCUUCGUUAUCGCCUGGUGCUCCCCCUCUAUCCUCUUGGCUUCCUCUAGCUUUCUAUUAUCGAACAAGCCAAAUUGGUGAGCAUCCAUCCCCAGUUUCCAACCCGCAAUCUUGAAUCUUGUUCCCCAUUUCCCCAUUCUUUCCAUCCUGUUCUACUGCGCUUCUGCACGCAUAGUCAGCCCUGACACCCUAUUUGUGUAAGCUCUUGAGUGUUGCUGUUGCGAUACCCCGCCAAAUCAGGAACCGUCCUUGAAUGAGACAAAGUUAAAUACCCGCAGGAUGAAUGAUAAGAAACGAAGCAAACAAUUUCAUUCGCUGCCUUAUGCUACGGGGUUAAUCGUCACGUAGACAAACUGAACUGUAGCGUAUACUUGCCGCCAAGCUUGAACUAAUACAUAGUUAACUUGAAUAAAAGUUGAGGGUAGAUUUUCCCGUACAAGUUAAUAAGUGGUCAGCUUAGCUUAGACCCCUCAUUCAUCGUCAAGGUUGUUCUUGAUCCCUUCAUUCUUUUCGAGCUACUUGCAGCUUUUGUCUUGGCCCUCUCUAGCUACAACCUUUUUGGACUUCAUCGACGCCAUCAUGUUUUUGGUGUCGGCCCCAGAUCGUACCCACGAGGGCCUUUGUGUGUGGCUUCAUUCAGUGAUAUCCAUACCUGUACCCACCGACUGAGUGUGAGUGUGAGGUUAGUUUCAAGGACUCGGCGCUAUCUCUACACCUUGGUUGUGAUGUCGUUACACCCCCUCGCUAUCAACCUGCAACCGCACGCCAUAACCGACACCACCCAUACCAUACCUUACCAUACCAUCCAACCCAUACCUACCUACAUUUGAAUACCUUACAUAGGCAUAGGUUCUGCUCCUGCUCGGAUUUGCUACGCUGCCUUACUUACACACACCGACCGAAGUCGCUCGCAGCAGCCGACCUAUCUUAUACUUGCGCAGAGCCCAGCUCUCGUGUCUAUUCGUGAACGACGACUUGACCAUAUAUCUCUUGCAGGAGAUCGACCUUGACCGGUGCAACGGAACCCCUUGUUACAGCUGCAAGUCGAAUCAUCCAUCCUCUCGACUCAGUCCAUCUCAAUUUGACUUCAUCAUCUGAGUUCUCGGCUCUCUUCGCUACGCAUUCGAACCCUUCCCUUUGAAGCUGCGUCGUCGCUUACAGGACCCUGAAAGCACCACGCUAGAACCUUUUCCCAAUUCCACCUUCACCCACAACCGCACAUUGGGUCAGGGUUGUUUGUUGGAUUACCAUUGCCUUACCUAUUUAAAUCCACCUAGGAACUGGGGCGCGCACACUGCACUGCACGCUGAGCGCAAGCCUGGCCUGGCGCAAACGCCGCGACGGAGCAUCGUGACCUCUUUUUUAUUUCUUUUACUGGGGUUUCGAGUUUACUAGUCGACAGUCGCUUUGUUGUGUCCUGUCUGGGUUUCUCUAUAUUUUCCUCCCCCUCUUCUCCCUCUUCUCGACUUUUCUCACGAUCUCCUACUUCUCCCUCCUCGGCUUCGAGUAGACAGACCACCACCAAUACCUAAUACCCUGCUGUCUGCUGGUGGUUUGGCUUCCGCACCUGCAUUGGCUCACUCACCCUCUGAUCCACCACCACACUUGAGUUUUUACGUACAGACCGUCGCCUGUACCUUUCAAAUUUACCCUUCACUUGGUGGUCAUAUCUUGUUUUGCCUCCCAAACCGGCAUCCCGUGGACCACCCCCCGACAUAAUACCGGCUCUGGCUCUGUUCCGACCCGGCUAAUAAAGGUCUUUCUGUCUCCGCUCCGUGGCCGGUGGCUUCAGCCCUCGAGUCAAGUUCCGAUAGCGACGUGAUAUUUUCUUUUUCUUCCCGCUCACACAGAGAGUGCAUCAGCGCACUGCUAUAGCAUGCCCGCUCAACUAAACGGGUCCAUGACCGCCAGCAUCCCCAUUCGAAUACCCGGCGACCAGGUCCAGGCUCAGGCUCAACCUGCUGUUUUUUACAAGCAGCACAAGCACUCCAGAUCUUCUUAUUCCGAUUCUUCUCCGCUCGCAAAUUCAAGGAACAAUUCUUUAACUUUCCGUCCUUAUAAGAGGCUCAUGUCAAACCCGGACAAGACGAUCGCUGUCAUCAACGCCAGCGGGCGACAGGCUGCGUCCUUCAUUCGCGUCGCCACUGCCGUUGGUUAUCAUGUGCGCGCUCAGUUGAGAAUCUCGACGGUGUCGUCGCUGCUGAAGUUUCGGGAAAUCCUAAUGUUACCGUAUUUGUUGGCGAGCUCUACACAAGACAUCAGCCCUCUGAAGCAAACCGUGAUGUUACCAAGCACGGCCCGCUGGCCGGUGUCGGCGUCAACUACGACUUGAUCGCAAGUCUGUUCCGCGGCGCACAACUUGCCUUCAUAAAUACAACUUUUUACGGUGACGAGAUCCAAAUCGGAAAGGCACUAGCCGAUGCCGCUAAGCGCGCGGGAAUUCAACACUACGUGUACUCGUCCAUGCCCGAUCAUGGUGCUUACAACCCCGAAUGGCCCUCAUUACCCCUCUGGGCCGCCAAGCAUGAGGUUGAGCAAUAUGUGCGCAAACUCAGAAUACCAGCCACUUUUGUGUACACUGGCAUCUACAACAACAACUUUACCUCUCUUCAGUAUCCCCUUUUCUGCAUGGAUCUGCAAAAGGACGGCUCGUUCAAAUGGCAAGCACCUUUCCAUCCUGACGCCAAGCUACCCUGGUUAGACGCCGAACACGAUGUUGGUCCCGCGGUCCUGCAAAUCUUCAAGGAUGGACCAAGCAAAUGGAAUGGAGAGCGCAUUGCACUUGCAUACGAAUACUUGACACCCAAGGAGGUGUGUCGACUCUUCUCCAAAGGAGUCGGUCGUCCUGUGCGCUACGUGCGAGGCCCCAUUGAAAUCAAGGUUCGAAUCCCUGAGGGCUACCGGGAACAGCUCGUCGGUCUGGAGAAACUGUUCGACCCAAAUCAGAAAGAUCCUCGAAAGCAACCGCCUUACUUCGGCGACCCCAAGGUCGAAGUCAGUUGCCCAAGCGAAGCCUUGGAGUUGUGGGAAGGCCCUCGAGGUAUCGAAGAAUACGCACGUGAGAUGUUCCCCAUAGAAGAGGAAGCAAACGGUCUCACAUGGAUGCUGGAUGAUGACGCGAGUGACGAUGAGGACGUGCACAACACAGCAACCCACGUCGAGCAACUGAGAAUCCACGACGGUGACGAUGAUAGCGACGACGAUAAUGACGACGGCCUUGUCAUAAAAGGACGCAAGCGGGACGAGGAAGAGUGCAGGAAAGGGGUUAAAAAAGAAGAGUUAGUCCAUCGGACUCUAGAGGCGCAGUCCUGAGGCGAUUACGGAACGGAGCAGACCUGGCGACGCGGCAUUGCAUUUCGGCAGGAGUUGUGUUUUUGGAGAGGCGUCCCUACCGGCGUAGGUUUGGUCUAGGAACCUGAACGAUUUUAUUAUGACUUGUCAAUGGAUGAAAUAAAAGUAACGAAUCACCUUUGCCUCAGUUUAUUGUGUCUCUAGCUUGUGAUGUGCGUUGGAGGUAGCAUUUGUUUGCAACCGAUGGCUCGUGCAACUGAGUGAGACUGAGAUCAGAUACCACCGGACUUGUUGGAAGCCUCUUGCUCGAAGGUCACCGUCAAUCUAAAUGACAGAGGCUCUGCUUAAAUAUAUGAGUGCUCUUGAGUAAGACGCACACCCAACAACGAGCUGACGAAAGAGUACGUGUGAUAGAACGAUAGUAUACAAAGUGAGCAUGGAAGACGGAUGGCUGCCUCAACGGGGCUGAAAUGAAACAGGGAACUUAGCUGCUUCUUAUAUGCGGCCAUUUUAGAACCAGGACUAACAGAUUAAUAAACGACCACCUCGUCAUGCAUAACACCACUCUGUUUAUCUGGCCCCUUACAUCCAGAUGCUGGUUUGUCAUAACAAGGUUUAACAGUAUAUCAUGGCAACACCAUUUACCACCCCGCGUAUCCGCCCUCCGUACCGUCAAACGUGGCUCCCAUGUAAAAGUGCGUGGGGUUGAGUUUGUUCUUGGGGGACUUGCUUUGUGAAUGAUUAUCAUACGUGGUUCUUGUAUGCUUUCUUGGUGAAGUUUAGAUCAUAUGGCAAGAAUCACACAAGGACGAGAAUUGCCACGUUAACUACCCCGGAAUCAAAGAAUCGCCAAGAUUAUCGCCACGGCCGUCCGGUUACACGCCGCGUGGGGGAGAAAUCCGGGGUGACAAGGGGACGAACUCUCCGUUAUCUAGCAUGAUUAGGGGCAAUGCAGGAGAGGGUGGUCAGGGUGUUUAUCUGUUAUGCCUCUCCUUAUCUAUCAGGAUCCUGAGUUCAAUACCAAGAGAAGGUCUUCAACAACGAGACAAUUAGAGCGAGUUUAUCAUAAGUUAAAGAAUAGUCAACAGCGAGUUCAAUUCUGUGCAUAUCAAACAAUUCUGGCAGAGAUCAACCUCAAGAAUUGUUCUAAUCAGGACCCCAGGGGCUCGGACACUGGGAUAUCACAUGCCUCAC